AUGAAGCAGAAGAAGCCGGCGACGGCGGCGACUACCAGUACCAGGAGGAAGGCGGCUGGGGCAGCGGCCCCCACACCCAAGAGGCCACGGAAGCGGGACGGCGCCCGCACGCAGGCCAUCGCCCGCCGGUGGCGGCCCCUCUGGCGCACAGCGCCCCUGAACCUCGUCGCCGACUACUACCUCUGCGCCAGCAAGUUCAAGCGCUUGCCCCUCGUCUCCAAGAUUCUCUCCGACCACCAUGGCCCCGCCCUCCGCUUCCGCUUCCCUUUCAUCCGUCUCCACAAAGCCAAGAAGAGGUACGCCGAGGAUGCCGCUCAGGUCGAGAGCUGGUUCCGUUCCAGGGCUCUCGCCAACCUUCAGGUGCUCCACAUCAGCUUCGAACCCUUGGACUAUACGCAUGCGGCCGAGAAGCGUUUCCCGCUGCCGCCAUCGGUGCUUCUCUGCGCACCGACCGUUGUUCUGGUCGGAAUCAGCUUCUGUGAUUUCCCAAAGGAGAUACCUCCUUCGCAGAGUUUUCCCUUGCUCAAGGAGCUCUACCUGCGCUGCGUUUCCAUCUCCGAGGAUGUCUUCCAUGGGGUGCUCUCUUCUUGCCCUGUCUUGGAGUCACUGUAUCUACAGAGCACUGGGGAUGUGGGUUGCUUCCGCAUUAGCUCACCAACUCUUAGGAGCCUGGGCCUCUGCAAAUGUUUUUCAAUCCAAGGAGAACUGAUUAUCGAAGAUGCCCCUUGCCUUGAAAGGCUGAUACUACCUCAACCAGGUGAAGGCGGUGAUACUCUCCGGGUGAUCAGAGCACCUAAACUGCAAAUAUUGGGCCGUUUGUCAGGCCGCAUCUCGGAAAUUGAGAUUGCAAACCUAGUCUUCAAGAGUUUAACCCCAGCAAGCUUCAAUAACACGCUAAGCAGCGUGAAGAUUUUGGCUCUCGAGUUUUCUUCCCCUGAUUUGGAUGCUGUAAUAGAUGUCUUAAGGUGCUUCCCGUGCUUGGAAAAGCUGUAUGUCAUGUGUAUGGAAUUCUUAAAUAUACCUAUGAAGAAAAAUGCGCAUCAGUACAACCGACUAGAUCCAGUCAAAUGCCUCGAGACUCAUCUAAAAGAAUUGGUGUUCGAUGUUUAUGAGGGGGAUGAGCAAGCUGUUCACUUUGCCAAGUUCUUUAUAUUGAACGCGAAAGUGCUAAAGCAAAUCAAGUUUGGAGUCAGUGAGAAGAUCGGCAAGGAAUGUAUGGCUGAUCAAUACAAGCUGCUAGAAGUGGGAAAUAUGGCUUCUCCAGAUGCACAAUUGGAAUUCAUACAUAGUGGUGAUAACUCCUUGGAUGCCCACGAAUUGCAGAUCCCUUAAGCUGAUCUUGUUUAAAUGAGUAUUACUGGGAAGAAGAAGCAGCGGUCUCCAGGAUGCAGGAAAGGUCUCUCAUCAUCAGUUCAUGGGAAUCUAAAUAGGACAAGAAGUCAAGAACUAGGUUGUGCACCCAUCAUGUUAAAGAUCGAUAUCUAGGAGAAAUUCCCAUCAGUCAGUUGUACAAUUAGAUGACUCUAAUACCACACCUGAUGUUUACGUCUGAGAAUGACGGCUUUCUAUUGGUUAACAGAACCAUUUCCUGAAUUGAGCUGGCAAGAACUUGUAUCAUACCCAUGAAUAUAUUGGUAGCUUGUUUCCAAGCUCUGUGUUUGUGUUUAUGAUACGUAUGUGCUUUUCGUAGGAUAGUAGUUGAUACUUGAUACCUCGGCAGUAAUGAUCCUAUCCAAGUUGUUUCAACUAAUUGUAGUGCCCAUUUCAGCUUCACAUGCAGUUAUGUACACACAACAGUUAUGAUUAUUCUGUCGAUGCAAUCACCUGGCAAGAUGUUUA